CCGCUCCAGUAGGACCGCUAACGUUGGGGGCAUGGUUCUGUUGGCGGUGAUGCACGUAUAUUCUUCCACCAGUCAAAUGUAACGUCAUACAAACCCCCAACGUGGGGUAGCCAUUCAAAUACACCGUCAUCGAACCAGCCUCAAACACUUAGCUACCAAACGCUAUCUUCAUAAUCAAAUUAGGCAAUCUGAUAUUUCAUUCAUCAUGUCAAGCGCAUUGUCGAGCUCUCUGGCUGAGGCUAAGCUGGUUCCUGGUUCAGCUGCUAGCUUAAUCCCCGAAGGCUUCAAGCCUACGACGAAUCUGAAGGUCUCGUUCGAUGGGAAGGAUGUCGACUUGGGGAACCUAUUCCGCGCGAGUGAGUGCAAGCGCGCUCCUAGCAUCCAGUUUGAUCAAGAACCUGAUGCUCCUGGAGAUGCUACCUACAUGCUCUUGCUUGUCGACCCUGAUGCGCCAACACCAGAUGACCCCAAGUUCGCCUUCUGGCGCCACUGGGUUCUCCCUGGCUUGAGACCUUUGAGCGGUGGAGAUGCGGUGGCUCAAGUGCAACCUGCUCUCACAGAAUACUUGGGCCCUGGCCCGAAGGACGACUCCAAGCCGCACAGAUACUUGCUUCUUUUGUACCGACAACCCGCCAGCCUUGACCUUGCCAAGGAGGAUGUAGGAGGUGAAGAGUUCACGCAAAGAAGGUCUUUCGAUACUGCCAAGUUUGUUGAGAAGUAUGGACUACGACUCGUGGGCGCCAACUGGUUUCUCGGUGCUGGAGAUGGCUGGAAAGAGUAAGACAGAGCAAGUCAUUGAUCUUGAGUUUGAGAUACGGAUAGAGGCCCCGGAUUACUAGUCUUCUUUGCCUCUGCUCAUCAUAGUCUAACAGAAACGAGGUAAAUUCAUCUAGUACCGGAAAGUCAUAUUAUCGCCAGGAAUUUAUUAAACUUGUAAGCUCAAGGAGUCUGUACUUGCUGUCCUGGUGGAGGAGACUAGGGGAGUGCUGUAGAUCUCGUUCAGGAUGAUCUAUUGCGUACGAUUGUUUCAGCUACUCUCUGGAUAACUGAAUUGGCGUGUCCUCAUCUGAGUUGAGUCAGAGUGACGAUUUCUCUCGGACAUGGAAGAAUAUCGCACAAGAAUGCAAUUAUGAGGGAGGCGUAGAUGUAGCGAUUAUUGGCAUUCUGACAUGUGUUAUGUUCAAUUUGUCCCAUUUCAGAGACCGAUGAUAAGUAUAAAAGUAUAUAUAUGUAAGAUAAAGUCGUAGAUUCUAUACACAUUACAUAUUGAGAAUAUAUACAAAGAAGUAAAAG